AUGUUUGGUAUACCGCUGAUGAUUAUAGUGUUGAACACCCUAAACAAACUAUUUUUGGAAAAAAUUCGAGAUGUAACAUCCACUUGUAGCGAUUUUAUGCUUUACACAAGUAAAUACAUAAUAUCUUGCCUAUAA